AGCCAUAUUGGCAUUUAUACUAUUUUAAAAUCAAGAGUGUGGAUUUUAGUUUUCACUUACACCGCGCUAACUACUAACGCUCUGCGCCGAAACUGAAACUGAAACUGAAACAAGAAGCAUUCGUGGAAUCAGAGACACAUCAGCCAAUCAGAGAACUCAAACCGCUGACGACAACCUACAACAAACAACACGGUCUCAUAUUUGGAGAGCUAACUAGGACUACGCAUCUUUCUGACUAGCCUAGGCCUAUUCUAUUCUGCAGCCGACAGACAGACCUAUGAGGCCAUGCCCAUCACUAUCACACUAGAUCUAAGCCUAGUCUAGUCUAAGCCUAGUCUAGUGUGCAAUUCGCCAUUACUUGCUGGUCGCUCGGUCGCGCACCGUUGUACAUUCCCAACAACGAUUAAUUGUUUAUUCGGACGACAUUUCUUCGUUCAGUGCAGUUUUAGUUCUAUUUUUAAAAACAGCCAACCCUCAGUGAGGGACAGGGUUGCAUUUUUUCUGUUCUCUGAGGGAGGAUAGAGCAGAAACGAGAAACAGCCUAACAUUUUUCUGUUCCUUGAAGAAAGGACAGCUUCCUAAAAGCAAGGAGCAGUGUUGUUAAAGUUAAAAGAUAGUUUUGUGUGCCUUCCCAAGUCCACGUUGAUCUUCAAAGAAACCUAGAUUCUACGACAGCUCAGAACUUUGUGUUCAGAUUUCUAAUCGCUGGACGAAAUUCUUCUCACCCUCAAAGAUGUGAAGGCGAGGGUACAGAAGAUAGAAGUCCAAGAGGAUCUUCAGGAUGGUCGACUAGAGAGAGUGGAGGACCUUCUGGCAAGGAACUUACCCUUCUCAUCAGGCGCUCAGGACUGUGAGGUCAGAACCGGGCGCGAACCGGAGUCCACAGCAAUCCCAGCCCAGCCCCCAACCGUUUCUUCCGCAGGUCAAGAGCAACUAAAAGACGCAGAAAAUGUCUUGAAGUCAGGGUUAGCAACGGUGACGUCAGGUGUUGAGGGACUGUCGGCAGUGGUUACAGGUGUCCGAUCUUGGACGGAGCAACUGUCGAACAAGUUAGUUAAGUUAGACCGAAGAAUGGAGGGGUUGACCCAGGAGGUGAAAAGAGCCACAAAUCUGUCAGUUUACAUGAAUACCAAACUGAAAGAAGACGUGAGUAAAUUAAGCACAUCCAUGGCCGCACAACUAAAUCAGCUACAAGAAGAUACAAGCAAACAAACAGACACGUUACAAAGCGUGCAGAAAAUUUUAAAGAAAAGCAACCAACAACCUCAAGAUAAUUUGAUAAGGCAGUCAAGUGUGAAAAAGUCGGGUCAAGGGGCGACGGGUGGUCAAGGGGCGACAGGUGGCCAAGGGGUCAUGAGUGUUCCGGGGCUUUGUGGGCCGCUUGAGGUAUCCUAUAGCUACAUUUGCUGUGUGGGGGACAAUGCAAAGUGUGUGAAAGGUGGGGAUGUAUACAGGUACAGUGACGUAUGGCACAUCGGCCGAGGCAGGCCGGAAGUGAGGGCUGUGGUGAAGUUUGGAUCUUUGGGUAGCUAUUCGGAGGGUCUGUAUCAGUAUCUGGAUUUUCGUAAAUGUGGCUGCCUCAGAGAUGAGGGGAGUGAAGAGGACGCAUCGUUUGUCGGUUUGGGGGGUUUGGACAGAGCGAGGUGUGUGAGGGACACAGGUGUCAGGGUCAGAGUUACGGUGACGGUCGUUAACCAAAAGCAGAAAGGAGGGGACUGGGAGCUGGGGACUAACGACAUCAAUCUCAGGGGAGAUUCUCCUUCCUGGCUGGAGCUGACAAGGCUGGAGCGAAUUGGAGGAAGAGUCAACACUGAUCAGCUCAGUCAGUUGGUGGGCGGAGGCCAGCUCAUUCUACGUUUUGACUUCUGCAUAAUGUAAUAAUAAUAACAUACAACAUUUGUAUAGCGCAAAUUCCCUCCCAACAGCAAAGUCUGUGUAUGUGCUUUACAAUCUAUAUUAUUUACCCAGCAGACCUGAUUGCAUUCUGAAACUAUCUGAACUUCCUGUGAAGCAUUAUGUAUUAUGUAGAGACAUGAGUAGCUGUUGUGGUCCUGUUUAUUUAUUUGUUUGUUUAUUUGUUUGUUUAUUUGUUUGUUUAUUUGUUUGUUUAUUUGUUUGUUUCUUUAUUUGUUUGAGGUUGAGUUUGAAUGAAGUAAUAAAGAGAAGCACAUUAAUAUAAUAAUUUUCCUUUACUGUUGAAAAAAAAAAGUAGGUCACGGACAUAAUUUUCGUUUAGGGCUGAGAAAAAACUCGGACAGACAGACAGAAACA